GGCCAACGACGGGGAUCUCUUCAAUGGCAGCGGCACGGUUGCAGCGAUGGACAUGCAACCUGGCAGCCCACCGGUACAGUGUAGUGUACAAGGCCUCGGCAGCAAAAGCGAACGCAGACUUCCUCUCGAGACUGCCACAACCGACUAGAGGCUGCAAGGAGGACGUGGUCGGCGAGACAAUGGAUUCAAGCACGCACACAAAAGAGAUACUGGCGAAGUGGUCAUCCCGAAAGGGAUGUCAAAGUCAGUGAAGUUUACGCACGUCUUUUACUUUCCCGACGACUCAACAAGCAAAGAGUACCGCAUGUAUUAUAAGGACACAGUGUCGAAAAGUCGUAUGGCUUACAUAGUCGACGGCCCCGUUGUCAAGAGAAGUUUAGGAGUCUACGAGCACGUGACAAACUAUAGCGACGAAUACAUCAACCUUGACUACAGCAACCUCAAACAGGAAGACUUUAAGCACGGAGUCUCUGUAAUCCAGAUGGAUGCCAACGAGAAAAAUGAGUUUAUGGUGCAAUGGAAUGGCCAAGACAUAUGGACGCGACGAGGGAGUCUGAAAACUCUGAGCCUUGGCCAGUUCGUCUAUCAUCAGUUCGGAGCCGUGGCAGACGGAACGUUCUUCAACGCCACCCUCAUGGAAAUUCAUAUCACCUACACGGGUGGGGACAGCGGCGCAGUGUUCGAUCACACAGCAGAUUUCAUGGCCUUCGGUUAUUGGGCAUACUACACUGAACUAAUUCUGAGCGCAGGAGCCUACCUCACGUUCGAAGGCAAGGUCGACACCGAGUAA